CCUCCGUAGAGGUCAGUGUGAUGACCAAAAUCCUCCGUCAGUCGACAAAUCUGUUGAAGAGCGAGAGGGACUCACCUUGUACUGUUCUCUCAAAGGGAGGAAGGCAAGAAACUAAAGGAGCAGGCUCCUCCUAUGAUGACCUUCCUUAAGAGAGCUCGUUCCCCUUCCCUCUCCUUCUUCCAGACAGUCGUGUCCCUCCUGCUGAGCACCGUGGCCCUCACAUCCCCCUUCUGGUGCACAGGCAAGCAGAAAAUACCCAAGCCGCUCUGCACGGCCAACAAGCUCACCCGGUGCAUCCCUGUGCCCGGUUUGUCCAACAACUCUAACAUCCAGUUCUUCUGGGAGACGGGUGACGACCGCUUCGUCUUCCCCACCUUCCACACGGGGCUGUUCAUCAUCUGCGAGGAGAACAUCUAUGUGGACGAAUGGGAAGAGAAGUGUCGAGGCUUUUACAGUUUGACUCCUGAAUCAGAGGAAGCGAUGAUGUGGCUCUGUCUUACGCUGGAGUUCAUGUAUGUUGGUCUGCUGCUGGUCAGCUGCCUGCUGCUAUCUGGCCAGCUGUGCAUCAGGGCCUGGUUCCCCUCCACGGUACGCUGGGGCCAGUUGCUCAACUCCUUCGCAGCUGUCUUCACAGUUCUGGGAGGUCUGCUGGGAAUGGUGGGUCACAUGAUGUUCAUGCAGGUGUUUCAGACCACUGUUUCGAUGGGACCAGAGGACUUUAAACCUCACAGCUAUGGCUACUCCUGGGCAUUCUAUGUGGUCUGGGUGGCGUUCACUGUGUGCAUGGCAGCAGGCGUCUCCACCCUGAACAACUACACCAAGACUGUCCUGAUGGUGGGACCCAGGAGCACCUCAAGCCUCAACCCCUGCAGCUUUAACUUUGUGGGACUCCUGCCACCCGCUCCCUACUACACCCCCCCAAACCUACCGGUCACCCAAUCUGAACCCCUAUCUGCACCCCUGCCUGCUCCCAUGAUCUCCCACCUGUCUCCCUACUACGAGCCUCCAUUAGCGUCCUCCCCGCCCGCAUCCCCAAGGCUCACACACUCCCAGUCUCUUCCCCUCACACACUCAGACUCCUUCCCUUCUCCUCCGACCCACCCUGCACCUGCUUCCCCCUUCCACCGUCUCUCCCUGCCCUCCCCCUCUCUCUCACCCUCCAUCUCUGUUCACAUGAUGCUCCCAGAACACAAAGAGAAUCCCUUCGAACAGUACGAGGACUACAGCCCACUCUGAACUCCUACAGGCACAUAUUCAUAAUUAGUUUUUACUGAAAUUCAAGAGCAGAAUUUGAAUUUCCCUGUCUAAGGCUAC